CGCCUGCCCACCCCCGAGCGCGUCAGGGCUUCGCCUCUCCCAGCCGAGCCUCCCUGCGGCUUCUCCGCGCUCCUUAAAAAAUAGAUACGUAUGCCCCGAAGCCGGAGAGAGUGAGGCGGUCCGGCAGGGGGAAGGGCUUUCCGAGGAGCAGGGGCUGCCGAGAGGUGGAGGGAAGCGCCCCGCGGCUCCCCGCGCCCUGCCUCCAUGCCGCUCUGCCGCCGCUCGCCUUCCGCCGGGCCGGAGGAAGGGCUGCGCGAAGGUUUUCCAAAGAGAGGUGUGCUGAUUGGAUAAGAUGUCAUGGUCUUCUCCCGUCGAUGUAGGAAGAUAGCAGAUAUGAUCGCCUGAGAAAGCAGAGCUACCCAGUGCAAGCAUGGCUUUCGCCCAGUCACACAUUAUGGCAGCUAGAAGGCAUCAGCACAGUAGACUCAUAAUUGAAGUGGAUGAGUACAGCUCCAACCCCACACAGGCUUUCACGUUCUACAACAUUAACCAGGGACGUUUUCAGCCCCCACAUGUGCAAAUGGUUGAUCCGGUGCCCCAUGAUGCUCCCAAACCUCCAGGGUAUACUCGAUUUGUCUGCAUUUCUGAUACUCACUCGAGAACUGAUCCCAUCCAAAUGCCAUAUGGAGAUGUGUUAAUACAUGCUGGUGAUUUCACUGAGCUGGGACUUCCUAGUGAAGUAAAAAAAUUCAACGAGUGGCUAGGUAGCCUGCCCUAUGAAUACAAGAUUGUGAUAGCAGGAAAUCAUGAAUUGACCUUUGACCAGGAAUUCAUGGCUGACUUAAUCAAGCAGGACUUUUACUAUUUCCCCUCUGUUUCUAAGCUGAAGCCAGAGAGCUAUGAAAAUGUACAGUCUCUUCUAACAAACUGCAUCUAUCUUCAAGACUCUGAAGUGACCGUGAGGGGAUUCAGAAUAUAUGGCUCCCCUUGGCAACCUUGGUUUUAUGGCUGGGGCUUUAAUCUUCCACGAGGCCAAGCAUUAUUAGAGAAGUGGAACCUUAUUCCAGAUGGGAUAGAUAUUCUUAUAACACAUGGACCACCUCUCGGUUUUCUAGACUGGGUACCUAAGAAAAUGCAACGGGUAGGAUGUGUAGAGCUGCUGAACACAGUCCAGAGACGAAUACAGCCAAGGCUUCAUGUGUUUGGACAUAUCCAUGAAGGUUAUGGUGUCAUGGCUGAUGGAACUACUACCUACGUGAAUGCUUCUGUGUGCACUGUGAAUUACCAGCCACUAAAUCCACCUAUAAUUAUUGACUUACCUACUCCAAGGAAUACAUGAUUAUAAUAAAGGAUUUCAUGUUGUGCCCAA